AUUACCCAAACAGUGAAGUCAUUCACAGAGUUUUCUUAUCUUAUCGAGCCUCCCUGGGCCAGUAAAUAUGAUCAUGUUCAUUCAAGGCGAGUGAGUCAGUUUUAACGCCACCCGUUUUAGCCAAAGGAGGGCAGCGUAACUGACAGUCAGUAGAUAUCAGUUUUCAGGUUAGUUGCAGGAAGAGGACACACUGGAAGUUUUAUUUUCUACGAGUUGCGUUGGGAACGUUAACUUAACACCCUCGAGAAGAACCAAAUCGAGCCGGCCGAAAUAUUCGGUAUGGAUAAAGCAAUACUGAAAUAUGUUCACGCCUCUUCGGGACGUUUUUAUAUGGUGAGCGGAUUUUUAAUCGGACAAUAGUCUACAUCAGUUCCGAAAGCAAACAAACCCGAGGUAGCUGGUAACUAUCCACCUAUAAGUAACACAAACCCUGGAAGGGACCGCGACGCGAUGGAGGGGUACAGUUGGCGAAUGAUUGCAAUGUUUACAGUUUUAGCCCUAUGCAAACAAUCACUGGCUGAGUGGAAUGUGACACAGGAGCCAGCCAACCGGAGUGUGUCCUGCGGUCCCCACGGCAACAAAAGCAACUGCACAGAAACGGUGAAGACUGCCAAGUGGAGCGGCCACUUCACAAAAUGUCCGAAGGAGUUCAGACACUACUGCGUCCACGGGAAGUGCCGCUUCGUCAGGGAACAGAACACGCCAUCCUGCGUAUGCCCGCAUGGAUACCUGGGAUCCAGGUGUGAAUAUUUGGACUUUGACCUGCUCGUGGGAGAUCAGAGACAGGUCAUCAUCGCCAGCGUGAUCGCAGUGCUGGUCUUUUUAAUAUUGUUAAUCGUCUUAAUUUGCAUCUGUGCACACCGGAAUAAACUGUGCAGGAGGAAGAACCGGAGGGAGAAACGUGAAAACAGGGAGGAGGGGCUGAACAUGAUGAGCCUGAGGAGAGAGAAUGGAGAGAGCGUAUCGCCCCCCAGAGAAACGACAGAGCCCAACGGAGAGAGCAUAUCGCCCCCCAGAGAAACAACAGAGCCCAACGGAGAGAGCAUAUCGCCCCCCAGAGAAAUGAGAGAUACCAACGCAGUCUGAUCAGUGAGGUGCAUUGUGGGAGCUGCCCAGUGCUGGUCAGCAUCAUGGAGCCCCUCCCCCACCUCUGGAAGCGGCAGAAAGACUAAAACAAACCUGCUUUUCACCUCAGCCAGGUGAGUGACAUCAUCACUCUGCGUCACCUGCCUGCUGGGCUGGCUCGUCUGAACUCUGGAUCUCCCUGUGUGACGGGAUCAACCUUAAACUCUGGAUCUGCUGGUGUGACGGGAUCAACCUUAAACUCUGGAUCUCCCGGUGUGACGGGAUCAACCUUAAACUCUGGAUCUCCCUCUGUGACGGGAUCAACCUUAAACUCUGGAUCUCCCGGUGUGACGGGAUCGACCUUAAACUCUGGAUCUCCCUGUGUGACGGGAUCGACCUUAAACUCUGGAUCUCCCUGUGUGACGGGCUCCACAGUAAACUCUGGAUCUCCCUGUGUGACGGAUCCACAGUAAACUGGAUCUCCCUGUGUGAAGGGAUCCACAGUAAACUGGAUCUCCCUGUGUGAAGGGAUCCACAGUAAACUGGAUCUCCCUGUGUGACGGAUCCACAGUAAACUGGAUCUCCCUGUGUGAAGGGAUCCACAGUAAACUAAGGGUUUUUGUGACGGCCGGCAUGCGGGGGCUCCUGUGGAGGAUUUUUCCUGAUUCCCAUGGACGGCACCGACUCUUUUACCCCCCUUUCCUAAUUUAUUAAAGACAUUCCAGUGCCUGUGGGCUUUUGAAAUUGUGUGUGAGGCUGUGAUGUUUUAAAGGACAGUAAAAUGCUUAUUUUGCUUAUCUGAAGUUUAUUUUAAUUAAAUGUUGAGAUGUG